GGGAGGCGGGGCCAGAUGCCCACAAGCAACAUGGCCGCCGAGCGAGGUCGGAAUGCGGUAGGCGGGGCCCGCCAGGCUUGUGUCAAAGUUUGGGAAUGACAGGAGUGCUGCGGGAGUCGCAAAGAAGGGAAAGUGUCGCCCUUGUUCCCGAUAUUUGGACUACUUGGACUUGUUUGAACGCCACCUUGUAGCAACAAAUACCUCAGCCAUGUCGGAGGAGCUGACUUCCCAGCCUUGGUCUAUCAAGAAAGAUGACUACGAGCUCCAACAGGUGAUCGGGAGCGGGGCCACCGCCGUGGUUCAAGCCGCCUACUGUGUGCCCCGCAAGGAGAAGGUGGCCAUCAAACGCAUCAACCUGGAGAAGUGCCAGACCAACAUGGACGAACUUCUGAAAGAGAUCCAGGCCAUGAGUCAGUGCCACCAUCCCAACAUCGUCACCUACUACACCUCCUUCGUGGUGAAGGACGAGCUGUGGCUGGUCAUGAAGCUGCUGAGUGGAGGCUCGGUUCUGGAUGUGAUCAAGCAUAUCAUCUCACGAGGCGAGCACAAGGCGGGCGUCCUGGACCAGGCCAGCAUAGCCACGGUCUUGAAGGAUGUGCUGGAGGGCCUGGAGUACCUGCACAAGAACGGACAGAUACACAGAGAUCUGAAGGCUGGAAACAUUCUUCUCGGUGACGAUGGAUCCGUGCAAAUCGCAGACUUUGGCGUCAGUGCCUUCCUGGCCACAGGUGGCGACAUGACUCGAAAUAAAGUGCGGAAGACGUUUGUGGGAACGCCGUGUUGGAUGGCGCCGGAGGUCAUGGAGCAGGUCAAAGGUUACGAUUUCAAAGCCGACAUUUGGAGCUUCGGGAUCACGGCCAUCGAGCUGGCCAUUGGGGCGGCGCCCUACCACAAGUACCCUCCAAUGAAGGUGUUGAUGCUGACGCUGCAGAACGACCCCCCCGGCCUGGAGACCGGCGUCACCGACAAGGAGAUGGUGAAGAAAUACGGCAAGUCCUUCAGGAAGAUGAUCUCCAUGUGUCUGCAGAAAGAUCCGGAAAAGAGGCCCACGUCCUCCGAGCUGUUGAAGCAUAAGUUCUUCACGAAAGCAAAGACUCACGACUACCUUCUGGAGAAGCUUCUCCACCGGGGCCCCACCAUAACGGAGCGCUCCAAAAGGGUGCGCCGCGUGCCGGGCUCCAGCGGGCGCCUGCACAAGACGGAGGACGGCGAGUGGGAGUGGAGCGACGACGAGCUGGACGAGGAGAGCGAGGAAGGCAAAGCGGCGGUGGCCGCCCUGAGGGAUCAGCAGGUGAAGCCUGUCGGCGCCCCCCGCCGACAAGUGCGCUUCUCCUACCCGCUGGAGCUUCCUGCGCCCAGGUCUCCGAGGGUGAAGGAGGCCCCGCAGAACUCUGAGUUUUUCCAGACCACGGACACUUUAGGCGUCCCACUUCCUCCCCCUCCCGCUGUGGGCCGAGCAGAACUACCUCAGAGCGCAGGAAGCACCUUCCCGCUGCAGCCCGCGCCCGCCGGCCAUCAGUGCUCGCCACACACGCCGUCAAACACCACCGACGCACCCACGACCACCACUGUCGCUGCUGCACAGCUUCCUGUCUCCACCAGCAACCAGACGCUUCCCAUUAGUUUGGUUUUACGGUUAAGAAAUUUAAAGAAAGAACUCAACGACAUUCGCUUUGAGUUCAUGCCGGGCAGAGACACGGCUGACGGGGUGUCUCAGGAGCUGGUGUCAGCAGGUCUGGUGGACGGAAGGGACCUGGUCAUAGUUGCUGCCAAUCUCCAGAAGAUAGUGGAGGAGCCCAAAAGCAAUAAAACUGUGGUUUUUAAACUGGCGUCUGGAACGGAGGGAUCGGAGCUUCCAGACGAGGUGAAACUGCUGGGUUUUGCUCAGCUGAGCAUCAACUGAAGCUAAGUCUGCUUCCUGGACCUGAACGAUGUGAACUUGGAUGCUGGAUCAAGACAAGAACUGUGCCAAAGACUAGUGUGGCCUUGUGGGACCAGGCACGCAAGUACAGUAGGACCAGUGGGAUCAUGUACAGUAGGACGGGUAUAACAGAGUACAGUAGGACCGGUAUGAUAGAGUACAGUAUGUCAAGUAUGAUAGAGUACAGUAUGAUAGAGUACAGUAUGAUAGAGUACAGUAUGAUAGGUAUGAUAGAGUACAGUUUGGGAAGUAUGAUUAUGUAAAGUAUGACAGGUAUGAUAGAGUACAUUAUGAUAGAGGACAGUAUGCCAAGUAUGAUAGAGUACAGUAUGACAGGUAUGAUAGAGUACAGUAUGAUAGAGUACAGUAUGACAGGUAUGAUAUAGUACAGUAUGUCAACUAUGAUAGAGUACAGUAUGACAGGUAUGAUAGAGUACAGUAUGACAGGUAUGAUAGAGUACAGUUUGAGAAGUAUGAUUAUGUAAAGUAUGACAGGUAUGAUAGAGUACAUUAUGAUAGAGGACAGUAUGCCAAGUAUGAUAGAGUACAGUAUGACAGGUAUGAUAGAGUACAGUAUGAUAGAGUACAGUAUGACAGGUAUGAUAUAGUACAGUAUGUCAACUAUGAUAGAGUACAGUAUGACAGGUAUGAUAGAGUACAGUAUGACAGGUAUGAUAGAGUACAGUUUGAGAAGUAUGAUUAUGUAAAGUAUGACAGGUAUGAUAGAGUACAUUAUGAUAGAGGACAGUAUGCCAAGUAUGAUAGAGUACAGUAUGACAGGUAUGAUAGAGUACAGUAUGAUAGAGGACAUUAUGAGAAGUAUGAUUAUGUAAAGUAUGACAGGUAUGAUAGAGGACAGUAUGAGAAGUAUGAUCAUGCAAAGUGUGACAAGUAUGAUAUAGUACAGUAUGACAGGUAUGAUAGAGUAUAGUAUGAUAAAGGACAGUAUGAGAAGUAUGAUCAUGUAAAGUAUCACAGUUAUGAUAGAGUACAGUAUGUCAAGUAUGAUAGAGUACAGUAUGAUAGAGUACAGUAUGAGAAGUAUGAUCAUGUAAAGUAUCACAGUUAUGAUAGAGUACAGUAUGACAGGUAUGAUAGAGUACAGUAUGAUCAUGUAUAGUAUGAAAAGUAUGAUGGAUUACAGUAUGAUAGAGUACAGUAUGACAAGUAUGACAGAGUACAGUAUGACAGGUAUGAUAGAGUACAGUAUGAUAGAGUACAGUAUGAUAAAGUACUGUAUGAUCAUGUAUAGAAUGACAAGUAUGAUAGAGUACAGUAUGACAGGUAUGAUAGAGUACAGUAUGAUCAUGUAUAGAAUGACAAGUAUGAUCAUGUAAAGUAUCACAGUUAUGAUAGAGUACAGUAUGACAAGUAUGACAGAGUACAGUAUGACAGGUAUGAUAGAGUACAGUAUGAUCAUGUAUAGUAUGACAAGUAUGAUAGAGUACAGUAUGACAGGUAUGAUAGAGUAUAGUAUGAUAAAGGACAGUAUGAGAAGUAUGAUCAUGUAAAGUAUCACAGUUAUGAUAGAGUACAGUAUGUCAAGUAUGAUAGAGUACAGUAUGAUAGAGUACAGUAUGAGAAGUAUGAUCAUGUAAAGUAUCACAGUUAUGAUAGAGUACAGUAUGACAGGUAUGAUAGAGUACAGUAUGAUCAUGUAUAGUAUGACAAGUAUGAUAUAGUACAGUAUGACAGGUAUGAUAGAGUAUAGUAUGAUAAAGGACAGUAUGAGAAGUAUGAUCAUGUAAAGUAUCACAGUUAUGAUAGAGUACAGUAUGUCAAGUAUGAUAGAGUACAGUAUGAUAGAGUACAGUAUGAGAAGUAUGAUCAUGUAAAGUAUCACAGUUAUGAUAGAGUACAGUAUGACAGGUAUGAUAGAGUACAGUAUGAUCAUGUAUAGUAUGAAAAGUAUGAUGGAUUACAGUAUGAUAGAGUACAGUAUGACAAGUAUGACAGAGUACAGUAUGACAGGUAUGAUAGAGUACAGUAUGAUAGAGUACAGUAUGAUAAAGUACUGUAUGAUCAUGUAUAGAAUGACAAGUAUGAUAGAGUACAGUAUGACAGGUAUGAUAGAGUACAGUAUGAUCAUGUAUAGAAUGACAAGUAUGAUCAUGUAAAGUAUCACAGUUAUGAUAGAGUACAGUAUGACAAGUAUGACAGAGUACAGUAUGACAGGUAUGAUAGAGUACAGUAUGAUCAUGUAUAGUAUGACAAGUAUGAUAGAGUACAGUAUGACAAGUAUGACAGAGUACAGUAUGACAAGUAUGAUAGAGUACAGUAUGAUCAUGUAUAGUAUGACAAGUAUGAUAGAGUACAGUAUGAUAAAGUACAGUAUGAUCAUGUAUAGAAUGACAAGUAUGAUAGAGUACAGUAUGACAAGUCUGAUGAAGUACAGUAGGAAUGUACUCAGUGUCAAAUACCAUAAAAACAUUUGCACAAUGAUGGCCGUCAGAAAGCACAACUUCUGCAUCUUGACUCACAUUCACGGAGAAGAUCUCCUCAACUUCACACUUUUUUUGUGCGUUAAAACUUUUACUGCAAAAAUGAGCACAACCUGCUUGUUGCCUCGUGUCACCUUGAAACUUCUCAUACGGCACUCGAGGGCAGGGCUUCUCACCUGGUGGGACACGCCCCCCUGGCAACUGUCUUUACAACUAUAUUGACACAUACAGACAAAAAAAUAAACAUUAACUUCAGGGGGGGAGGGGGGCGUGAAAACAACUCUGUCCUUUGGGGAGGGGGGCGUGAGAGAAUAUUUGAGAAGCAGUAUGAGGGGUAGGGGAUGUGUAAGAGUUUCAUAAAAGAUUGACACAUACUGAUCAAAAAUAAACAUUAACUUUGGGGGGGCGUGAAAAAAUUCUGUCUGUUCAGUGUGAGCCAAUUCCAGAUAUGUUAAAAUAAGUUCUUCUUGCAUAGUCAGAUGGGGGGUUGCAUAAUAGCAUCUUUAAUAUUAGUAAAAAACAAACUAGCGUAACAUAUACAGAUAGAAAAAUAAACAUGAACUUAAAGGGGGGCGUGAAAAAAAUCACCGUUUCCCCAAAUGUUUUUAACUGAGCCAGUUCCAAACAUCCCGCUUAAUGCUCUGCUUCUUAAAUAGCGUAUAUCUUGGCACAUACAGCUAGAUAAGAAAAUAAUUGGAGAGGGGGGGGCCUGAAAAAUUCUGACCCCUAGGAAAAGUUGAAUGUGAGCAAAUUCGGUGAAGUGUUGGUAAGAAAGGGGGGGUGAGAGGCAAGCAUCUUUAGUGUUAUUAAAGAACUAUAUUGACACAUACAGAUAAGAAAAUAAACAUUAACUUCAGGGGGGGGGGGGCGUGAAAACAACCCUGUCCUUUGGGGGGGGCGUGAGAGAAUAUUUGAGAAGCACUGUGAGGUGUUGGGGGGUGAGAGGCCGUGGAGUUUUAUAAACGUUUGACACAUACAGAUCAAAAAUAAACAUUAAUUUUGGGGGGAGGCGUGAAAACAAUGUGUCCCCUAGGAAGAUUUCAAUGUGAGCCAAUUCCAAACAUCUUGUUCAUAUAAGUGCUUCUUGCAUAGUCAAAUGGGGGGGAGGCGUGAGAGGCAAUCGCAUAAUAGCAUCUUUAGUAUUAGUAAAAAAAACUAACUAGCGCAACAUAUACAGAUAAAAAAAUUAAACAUUAACUUCAUGGGGGGGCGUGAGAAAAAUCACUGUCUCCCCAAAUGUUUUUAACUGAGCCAGUUCCAAACAUCCCGCUUAAUGCUCUGCUUCUUAAAUAGCGUAUAUCUUGGCACAUACAGCGAGAUAAGAAAAUAAUUGGGGAGGGGGGGGCGUGAAAAAUUCUGACCCCUAGCAUUUUUUGCGUUAUAAAAGAACUAUAUUGACACAUAGGGAUAAGAAAAUAAACAUUGACUUCAGGGGGGGGCGUGAAAACAACUCUUUCCUUUGGGGGGGGGGGCGUGAGAGAAUAUUUGAGAAGCACUGUGAGGUGUUGGGGGGGUGAGAGGCCAUGGAGUUUUAUAAAAGUUUGACCCAUACAGAUCAAAAAUAAACAUUAACUUUGGGUGGGGGAGGGGGGGGCGUGAAAACAUUGUGUCCCCUAGGAAGAUUUCAAUGUGAAGAACUAUAUUGACACAUAGAGAUAAGAAAAUAAACAUUAACUUCAGGGGGGGGCAUGAAAACAACUCUGUCCUUUAGGGGGGGCGUGAGAGAAUAUUUAAGAAGCACUGCUCUAGGGUGUUUUGUCCAAUCAUAUCCAACUUUGAGGCUGGUGUGGUACGUUGAACAAGAUUGUGGGCGGGACUUAAGAAUGACGCUGUCUUUUGGACCUCCGCCCACAGGGGGGCGCCACUAAAUGUCAUUCACAGGAAGUGUCCUCAUUUUUCAAACCGAAACGUGCGAAGAAAAAGUUGAUGAUCGGGAAAACAUUCAACAUAAAAACCUUGGCAAAGAAUAAAUCAAAGAAAACUUGACAAAUGUUCCCCGGCCAGCGAGAGGACUUAAGUGCAUUUCUGUCCACGGAGGAAAAAAAAAGUUGGUGAUCAAAGUGUCCGAAUUGUAAAUAUUAUUUUCUACGCCGAGCUUUUCUGCCGGGCCUCACGUCUGACGGAAGUGCAGCCGCCGCUCCCUCCUCCAGGGGGCGCUGUUAGCGUCGUUAGCUCCCCUUUUAUUUUGAAGGAACAAAGUGUAUGUGCUAGCUAUGACAGCUUUUAUUUAAAAAAUACACUUUUUCUUUGAUUUGUCGCUCGCCUUUCUUUUAUUUCACUCUUUUGUCCUUUCACUCAAAGCUCAUUUUACCUCAACUACUUCGUGCCGUGUGUGUGUGUGUGUGUGUGUGUGUGUGUGUGUGUGUGUGUGUGUGUGUGUGUGUGUGUGUGUGUGUGUGUGUGUGUGUGUGUGUGUACAAACCCCGUUUCCAUAUGAGUUGGGAAAUUGUGUUAGAUGUAAAUAUAAACAGAAUACAAUGAUUUGCAAAUAAUUUUAAGUAAGACCACCAUUUCUAGAGUAUAAUAGGUUUCUUAUUCUUUGAAAUAACAUUGUUAUUCCGAAGCUAACUGUGGAGGGAGCGUGGCCUGCGGGCCUGCAGCGAAGCGGGGUGUGCCAGGACCGGCCUCGAAACCAGCGACAGGUGCGUAGAAGGUCCACCAGGGCCUGGUUGUCCAAUCACCUGUCGCUCUGUUAUAAGCAGCAGCCGGGAGGAGAGACAGGGUUGGAGCUGGAGCCAGAGCGCGAGCGAGAACGAAAGAGAAAAAGAUAAUUGCUGGAAAGCAAUUGAGAGACUCGUUGAAAAAUAAAAAAAUAUAGUAACCCUGAAACAGGCCCGGUGGUCUGAAGAACCCCCUGGAGGGCAAGCCCUAAACUAACUAAUAAUAAAUCAAUCACUUCUUUCACUUAAUGCAACUUCUUGAACUAGUGCGGUAGAAAAAGGAUGGUUGGAUUCAAAUGCAUGAGCAUGUUUUAUAUUUUGAACGUUAAUUUUAAAACUUUAAUUACAAGUGGAAGUAGUCAUUACUGUAUCAAAAACCGACAUCAAUCCCCAAAGGAUAUCACCACAUGGACUCAGGAAGACUUCAGAAAACAACUGUCACUUAAUAAAGUUUGUCACUACAUCUGUAAGUGCAAGUUAAAGUUCUACUAUGCUAAGCAAAAGCCAUUAGGGGCGGCAUGGCGUAGUGGGUAGAACUGCCGUGCCAGAAACCUGAGGGUUGCAGGUUCGCUUCCCACCUAUUGACAUCCAAAUCCCUGCCGUUGUGCCCUUGGGCAGGACACUUCACCCUUUGCCCCCGGUGCCGCUCACACUGGUGAAUGAAUGAUGAAUGAAUGAUUGGUGGUGGUCGGAGGGGCCGUAGGCGCAAACUGGCAGCCACGCUUCCGUCAGUCUACCCCGGGGCAGCUGUGGCUACAGAUGUAGCUUACCACCACCAGGAUGGGUUCCCACUUCUCUGUGAGCGCUUUGAGUAUCUAACAAUAGAAAAGCGCGAUAUAAAUCUAAUCCAUUAUUAUUAUUAUUAUGAUUUGUCAACAACAUCCAGAAACGCCCGAGAUCAUCUAAGAUGGACUAAUGCAAAGUGGAAAAGUCCACAUUUCAUAUUGUUUUUGGAAACUAUGGACAUUUGUGUCCUCGGGAACAAAAAGGAAAAGAACCAUCCGGAUUGUUAUCGACGCAAAGUUCAAAAGCCAGCAUCUGUGAUGGUAUGGGGGUGCAUUAGUAGUACCCAGAGGCAUGGGUAACUUACACAUCUGCGAAGGCACCGUUAGGGGUGGCAUAGCUCUGUUGGUAGAGCGGCCGUGCCAGCAACUUGAGGGUUGCAGGUUCGAUUCCCGCUUCCGCCAUCCUAUUCACUGCCGUUGUGUCCUUGGGCAAGGCACUUUACCCUCCUGCUCCCAGUGCCACCCACACUGGUUUAAAUGUACCUUAGAUAUUGGGUUUCACUAUGUAAAGCGCUUUGAGUCACUAGAGAAAAGCGCUAUAUAAAUAUAAUUCACUAAUGCUGAAAGGUACAUACAGGUUUUGGAACAACAUAUGCUGCCAUCUAAGCGCCGUCUUUUUCAUGGACGCCCCUGCUUAUUUCAGCAAGACAAUGCCACACCACGUAUUACAACAGCGUGGCUUUAUAGUAAAAGAGUCCGGGUGCUACACUGAAGCCUAAAAUACGACAACAGAGAACAACUUAAACUCUACAUAAAACAAGAAUGGGAAAGAAUUCCACUUUCAAAGCUUCAACAAUUUAGUUUCCUCAGUUCCCAAACGUUUAUUGAGUGUUGUUAAAAGAAAAGGUGAUGUAACACAGUGGUGAACAUGCCCUUUCCCAACUACUUUGGCACGUGUUGCAGCCAUGAAAUUCCAAGAUAAUUAUUAUUUGCAACAAAAAAUAAAGUUUAAGAGUUUGAACAUGAAAUAUGUUGUCUUUGUAGCAUAUUCAACUGAAUAUGGGUUGAAAAGGAUUUGCAAAUCAUUAAAUUCUGUUUAUAUUUACAUCUAACACAAAUUCCCAACUCGUAUGGAAACGGGGUUCGUACUUGUAACAAAAGGAUUCAAAGUUCUCAUGCGGUUUCUCUUGAGCGCGGCUGUAGUCAACCUCCUUUUGUGCGGACACAAACUUUUGAUGCUCCUAUGAUUGAAUCCCGUCUGUGAUUUCAUGACAAUAAUGAUUAAAAAAAAAAAAAAAGAUCAAGGUUUUCUACAUCUUUUCACCUUCUUUCUUUUGCAUGUUUCUCUAGCUGACUAUUUUUAAUCAAUAAAGAACGAGCACAACA